AUGACGAAACAUUCAUUGAUUCCGACGACGAUGAUGAAUACGAUGAUCUUGGUGAUCAGUCAUACGAAUGCCAAUGGCGCAAUGAUGUGGAACGGGGAAAGGAUCGAUAAGGAAAAGGAUCCGGAGACAGUUCCAGCGAAUUGGAUCCUGAGAUUGUUUCUACAUGAUAUGGUCGACAACUCAAAUAUGCUUGCUCAGUCUUACAGAGCUGCCCGGGACAGGCUCGCGCAGACUGGAAUGGAAGAUGAGGGUGUUAGAGACAUAGUUGUUGAGACACGGUCGAAAAAACUCCAGCGAAUCAGUGAGUUGCACCCUUUAUAUCUUCCACUGCAGUAUCUGCUAAUAUUUCCUUACGGCGAGGAUGGUUAUAGGGAUGAUAUACCACUGAGAGAAACAUCAGAUAAGUUAAGAGUUGACAUGUACAAGGGUAUCGAGAAAAGUAUUUUGAUGGGAGAUACGGAUGCUAGAUCCAUUGGCACGAGGGUUAUUCUACCAGGCAGUUUUACCCAAGGUCCAAGAUACAUGUUUAACAACUUUGUCGAUGCUCUUCAAAUAUGCAACUGGAUUGGAUUUCCAUCGUUGUUCAUCACUAUUACCUGCAAUCCACAGUGGCCGGAAAUUCAAAGGGCGUUGAAUGGUACUAAUUUGAGACCUGAAGACCGUCCCGAUAUUCUUGCUCGAGUUUUUAAGAUGAAGCUCGACAGUCUGAUGUCAGAUUUGAAGAAGGGCAAAAUAUUUGAUCGCAUUAGAGCAUAUGUUUGCACAAUUGAGUUUCAGAAGCGCGGUCUCCCGCAUGCGCACAUAUUGAUUUGGCUUCACAAUGAAGACAAACCGAAGACAUCAAAAGACAUAGAUAAAAUCAUAUGUGCCGAAAUCCCAGAUAAGGUAACAGACCGAAAGAUGUACGAUUUGGUUGAGAAGUAUAUGAUUCACGGCCCGUGCGGUCUGGCCAAUCAAAACUCUCCAUGCAUGAAGGACGGGAUUUGCACGAAGCGAUUUCUAAAUAGUUUUGUCAACCGUACUGAGGCCGAUACAGAUGGUUAUCCGGUGUACAGAAGAAGAGAAAAUGGGAGGACCGUGGUUAAGAAGAAAACAUAUCUCGACAAUGGUUUCGUCGUGCCUUAUAACCGUGCUCUACUGAAAAAGUACAGAGCACACAUUAAUGUCGAGUUGUGCAACCAGAAUAAGUCGAUAAAGUAUUUAUUCAAGUACGUCAACAAAGGACACGAUCGGGUCACGGCGGCAUUUUAUCAAUCAAAUAAUCCAGGUGCAACUCCUGAAAAUCGCGAUGAGAUAAAGAUGUACUACAACUGCAGAUAUCUUUCGUUAUGCGAGGCUGCUUGGAGGUUAUUUAGCUUUGACAUUCACUUUAGAGACCCACCGGUGAUUAGGUUAAGCUUUCAUCUUCCAGACAGUCAGUCUGUUGUGUUUACAGAUAAUGACUCAUUAGUUGAUGUGCUGAACAGACCGACUGCGAAGCAAACGAUGUUCCUUGCUUGGUUCCAAGAGAAUAAGUUGUACCCUGAAGCUAGAAAUUUGAGGUAUGGAGAGUUUCCACAGAAAUUUGUCUAUAAGGAAAAAGCUCGCUGUUGGAUGCCGAGAAAGAUAGGAUUCUCGAUCGCAAGGGUUACGAAUGUACCGUCAGGCAGGGGUGAAGACUAUUACUUGAGACUGUUGUUGAACUUUCAAAGAGGUUGCACGUGUUACGAUGAUCUUAGGAAAGUCGAGGAUCACGUCUACCCAACUUUCAAAGAUGCGUGCUUUGCGCUUGGACUACUGGAUGACGACAAGGAGUACAUAGCUGGCAUAAAUGAGGCAAACGAGUGGGCCAGUGGUGACUAUGUGAGACGAUUAUUCGUCGUACUUUUGGUCGCAAAUAAUAUGAGCAGACCAGAACAUGUGUGGGAGUGUUGCUGGAAAGAAUUCGCCGAGGAUAUUGAGUACAAACUGCAACAACGUCGUACCAAUUCAGGUCCACCUGUGUCAGACGAUACUCUGAGAAAUUACGCUUUGAUCGAAAUAGAAAAUAUAUUGCAAAGCAACAGCAAAAGCCUGAGUAACUUUCCCCCAAUGCCGAUUCCAAUUGGGUCGAUGACGGACAACACGGUAAAUAGAUUAGUUCUCGACGAGUUGUACUAUGACAUUGAUGCUAUGCGUGAAGAACUUAAGAAAUACCUUUCAUCCAUUACUGAUGAGCAGAAAAAAGUGUUCGAUGAUAUCAUGGAUGCUGUUACAAAUGACAGAGGUGGACUGUUCUUUCUUUAUGGGCAUGGAGGAACGGGAAAGACUUUCAUACGGAAAACUCUAUCGGCUGUUAUCCGUUCAAAAGGAGAAAUAGUUAUAAAUGUUGCUUCCAGUGGUAUUGCUUCGCUUCUACUUCCAGGUGGCAGAACUGCUCAUUCUAGAUUUGGACUGCCAAUAAUUGUACAUGAGAGCUCCACAUGCAACAUCAAACAACAGAGCCCACAGGCAGAAUUGUUGUCUGUAGCAAAGCUAAUCAUAUGGGACGAGGCACCGAUGAUGCACAUGUAUUGUUUCGAAGCACUCGACAAAACAAUGAAAUCUAUACUUGAUUCAUAUAUGCCAUUCGGAGGCAAGGUCGUAGUGCUUGGAGGGGACUUUCGGCAAAUUCUGCCAGUUGUGUUGAAAGCGUCGAGACAAGACAUUGUGCAUGCUACAAUCAAUUCAUCACCGUUGUGGAGGCAAUGCAAGGUUAUGAAGUUAAACAAGAACAUGAGACUUGAGUCGUCCUCCUCUUCCGCCAAUGCAGAUGAAAUAAGAGAAUUUGCGGACUGA